CCUUUCUGGAGAGGCAAACAUUUUUGGGCUGAAAGAGGGACACAAAGGAGAAGAAAAAUUUGGAACAGUCUUGCACAGCUGUGAUGUGCAAGUUAUUGGAUUACAUGCAGAUCUGCGAUGUUGGCCAUUCAUUUGAGAAGAUAACUCCAUUUGAAUGCUGAGGAGUAAUUCUUAGAAUCAGUUUCUCAGGAGAGACAAGCAGAGAGGGAGAGAGAGAGAGAGAAAGCGAAACAGGGGGAGGGAGUGUGGAUCAUGCAUGUGCAUUAACUCAGCUCCAGCGGCGCAGCAGCAGCAGCAGCAGCAGCAAACAGAAACAGCAGCAGCACAGGAGGAAAGAGAGAGAGAAAGACAGAGAGGGAGAGUUGGAGGGAGGGUAGUAUCAGGCACAAGAACAAAAGCUGCAGAGGACUGCUUUCCAUCUCCACUAAAAGAACAACGGAGGAGUAAUAGAAGGAGGAGGGGGUGGUCAUGAUAGUAGUGAGACAAUAACGGAAGAGAAGAGGCACAUUGUAGUCAGUGAGGACUGAAACCAAGGCUCUUCUCUUCUCUGCUCUCCAUGUUUUUGGGGACUCAACGUACCAUUGCCUUCGUCUCCAAACCCAGAGGACGAUGUCUGUGUCGGGGAAGAAGGAAUUUGACGUGAAGCAGAUCCUCAGGCUCCGCUGGCGCUGGUUCAGCCAUUCAUCCCAGGGUUCGGCUGGCGGCGGAGGUGGUGGCGUUGGCGGGGUGGGAGGCUACAUCCAACAGGAUGGCCUGGACCACAGGGGGACACCUGUCCAGGGUCGGCUGAAGAGUCACUCACGGGAGAGAGGUGUUGGAGGACUACGGAAGACUAACAGCCCCGUGCACAGCAUCUUGGCACCGACACCAGGGCCCACACCUGUCUAUGUCAGAGCCGGGCAUCAAUCGUGGCACCAUCAACAGAACACCAUCCAGGGACUCCAGGUCAAUGAGGAGACCUCAAAGAGCAGCUCGUCACCCAGUGCCACAAGGAAAGAGGAUGCCAACACUGGUCAGGAAGAUGUAAAGAGCAGCACAGAGGAAACUGCAGAGGUGGAGGCCAGAGAGAGGUUGGCUCUGAGCACCUUCUCCAGAAUGAACACCAACUCUUCAGAUGAGUUUUUCCAGGCCACAAAUCAUGCAGAACAGACUUUCCGUAAGAUGGAGACCUACCUCCAGCACAAGCAGCUGUGUGAUGUCCUCUUGAUAGCAGGGGAUCACAAGAUACCAGCUCACAGAUUGGUCCUGAGUGCUGUGUCAGACUACUUUGCUGCUAUGUUCACCAGCGACGUGAGAGAGGCGAAGCAGGAGGAGAUCAAGAUGGAGGGAGUGGAUCCAGAAGCCCUCAGAUCCCUGGUUCAUUUUGCCUACACUGGUGUCCUUGAGCUGAAAGAGGAGACCAUUGAGAGUUUAUUGGCGGCAGCUUGCCUCCUCCAGCUUUCACAAGUCAUCCAGGUUUGCUGUAACUUCCUGAUGAAACAGCUUCAUCCCUCCAAUUGCCUGGGAAUACGCUCCUUUGCGGACGCCCAGGGCUGCAUGGACCUGCUUAAUGUGGCUCAUAACUACACCAUGGAACACUUCCUGGAGGUCAUUCAGAACCAGGAGUUCCUGCUGCUCCCCACGGCUGAGAUCAUUAAGCUGCUCUCCAGCGAUGACAUCAAUGUCCCCGACGAAGAAACCAUCUUCCAGGCUUUGAUGAUGUGGGUGCGGUAUGAUGUCCAGCAUCGACAGCAGGACCUCGGGGUGCUUCUUGCCUACAUCCGCCUGCCUCUUCUUCCUCCACAGCUCCUUGCAGAUUUGGAAAACAACAAGAUGUUCUCUGAUGAUCUGGAAUGCCAAAAGCUGCUGAUGGAGGCCAUGAAGUACCAUCUUCUGCCUGAGCGACGUCCCAUGUUUCAAAGCCCUAGAACCAAACCUAGGAAGUCCACUGUGGGUGCACUUUACGCUGUCGGAGGGAUGGAUGCUACCAAAGGCUCUACCACCAUAGAAAAGUACGACCUGCGGACGAACACUUGGGUCCAGGUUGGAGUCAUGAACGGACGCCGGCUGCAGUUUGGUGUGGCGGUGAUAGACAACAAGCUGUACGUGGUCGGAGGGAGAGAUGGACUCAAGACGUCCAACAUGGUGGAGUGCUACAAUCCGAUCAGUAAAGUGUGGUCCACCAUGCCCCCAAUGUCGACACACAGGCAUGGACUUGGUAUUGCUGUGCUGGAGGGCCCCAUGUACGCCGUGGGAGGCCACGACGGCUGGAGCUAUCUCAACACAGUGGAGCGCUGGGACCCACAGGCCAGACAGUGGAACUACGUGGCCAGUAUGUCAACACCACGGAGCACCAUGGGAGUCACGGCGCUCAACGGAAAAUUGUUUGCAGUAGGCGGCCGAGACGGCAGCUCGUGUCUGAGGUCGAUGGAGUGCUUCGAUCCGCACACCAACAAGUGGAGCAUGUGCGCUCCCAUGGCCAAGAGACGAGGAGGCGUGGGUGUGGCGACGUACAACAACUUCCUGUACGCUGUAGGUGGACACGACGCCCCUGCCUCCAACCACUGUUCCAGACUCUCUGACUGUGUCGAGAGGUAUGACCCAAAGACGGACAUGUGGACCACUGUGUCCUCCCUCAGCAUUCCCCGGGACGCGGUGGGCGUGUGCCUGCUGGGUGACAGGCUGUACGCGGUGGGUGGAUAUGACGGGCAGUCAUAUCUGAACACUGUCGAGUCCUACGACGCACAGAACAAUGAGUGGACGGAAGAGGUCCCUCUCAACAUUGGCAGGGCAGGCGCCUGUGUGGUGGUGGUGAAAUUGCCUUGAGCGUUUUGUCUCACGACAGCACGGGAAACAAAUGAGAGAGCUGCGAAGACAGAGUUGACAAACAAAACAACAGAUCAAGGACGCAUCCUUCGAGAGUCACGCUUUUAUUUUUUUAUUUUUCUCCUUUAACUCUGCUCUCCAGAUUUUUCAGAGGGAAAACGCAGACAGAGCCUUGCCCAUAUAAACCAUUGUUUCUAUCAUUAGUGGACAUGUCUGCCCACUGGGGAGGACUUGUUCAGACACUGGAAUGCACUGCACAUUCUCCACAUUCUCAACCGAUCAAGAAUUUUCAUACACUUGGCUAAGCUGUAGCAAAUCAGUGCCAAGCCUUUGUUGUACUGGUUUGUUAUACUAGUUUUAUGAAAACUUCUGUGUAUGUCCGUAAGUUUAAAUGUAAAAGUUACAUUUAUAUACACAAAACAUUUCCUAUCAGUGCCAUCACAUACAGUAUAUUUUUGGGUUUGUAUUUCCCUUUAUAGCCACUCAAAUGAAAAUUGUUAUAAUACAUAAACCUAACUACGUACCAGUGUCUUUCCUUAGUGGUCUGAACAUAUUCUUAUUCCUUAGCAAAGAAGGACCACUGUGAAGUUUGGGGAAUGAAAUCAAACUUUUUGCGGAAAAAUAUAUUUGGACAUUUUCUUGAGUUCUUUUUUAAUUGAGCCUGUAGCUACAGAACACCAAAGUCAUUUGCUUGUCUUAGAAGAAGUUGUUGUUACACAUUCAAUAAAAGGUUUACAAAAAUUGUGAAUUACAGAAAAUAUAUCAUAUUGAUAUUUCACACUGCUGUACAGAUUUUUGUGAACUUUCUGAAACUACAUUUGUGUUGUUAAGAAUCAUGCCUGAACCAGUGCGCUCUGGUGAUGACUGCAGUUGUUAUUAUUAUUUGUUUGGCUUUGUUUCUGGGCAUGCUAGCUAAGCUAAUGUUUUAUUUGAUUUAUACAGUGUUAUAUAUCAAGAUCAUUGUCUCUUCUGUGUUUUAAAGGAUUUAAUGCCUUCUUGGUCAUCUAGAUCAUUCUCACAUACACAAGGUGCACCCAAACCACCUAUCUGAGAUCAUUUCAAGUACUGUUUUACAUUUUUAAACCAGAUUUCCACAGCACUUCUCCAAUGUGACUAUGAUUAGAAUUUUUAGAUUUGUAGUCAGUUCUACAGCUGCUCAAAAAAGAGUUAACAUUACUAACUUGUUCACAAUGAGAACUAUUUGUAAUUGUAAUUAUAACAUGUUUUUGGGGCCAAAUGUUACUUUUUAUGUUUUUAUCAUAAUUUUGUACAGCAUGCAAACCUAUAAAUAAAAUGAUUUCAGUCUUCUCUGCAUGAUCAAAUCCAUGUUUAGAGCUGAAUGUGGCCCCUCAGCGGGCAGAUUUUGAUUUCCCUUGUUCUGCUUUAAGUAAACUAAACUCAUUCUUUCACUAAAACAGACUUGGAAGCUACUUUGAUGUCAGCAUUAACCUCAGUUUUGUUCUCACCGCAGCACCCACUUCUUAAAUCAAGCAAGCGUGUUUGUUGAUGUCAGUCUGGGUUUUCACUUUCUCAUCAACAGAUUGUGGACCAACUGCUAUUGCUUGGCUUUUUUUUUUUGUUGUUUUUUUUUUUCCAUUGUUUACCCUCCAAAUAGUUCCAGAGUCCCUCCACUCUCCUCUUUCUUGUUUGGUUAGAUUCAGAUGGUUUUUGCAUACAAAAUACAAGCUUAUGUGUCCACAUGUACAGUUUUAAUUCAGAAAUACAAAAUAUUAGUCACGCAUUACAGCAAAACCCCUUUUGCACAAUCCAUAUCUCAGUUGACAUAAAGAUUAAUCUCCUUCUCUAACUUUCUAUUUCUGUUUAUCUGUAUCUCCUCCUGUCAGAUCUUAUAAUGGAAAUCAAUAAAGGAUAAUAGCUUUCACCUCA